UUACAGGCGUGAGGCACCGGGCGGGCGCACCUUUUUAAAGAUAUUCUAGUUGUAUUUGUCAGUUCCCCCUGUGCACAGAGUGGCAGGGGCCUGGGCCGGGACGGGAGGUCGCAGUCAUCUCAGUUCCGCCCCUGCAGCAGGGAUCGCGAGGGGGCGGCUGUGAGGCUGAUGGUCUCCAGGGUAGGGUGCAGGGAGGAGGGACUCCCUCAGUUAAUUGUUACACAGGUCCAGAGUCUGGCCUCCCGAAGGGAGAGCGAUGGGGCAGGAGCUGGCAGGGGAGGGCAGGAUGCCCAACCAGAUGGUGCCAGGGGCGGGCCCUGCUCCCAGGUGUCAGGCAUCCCCCGCCCCCGGACCGCCUGUGCCUUAUCACGGGGAAGUAGGGCCUGGCCCACACCAAACCUGUGGACCGCCGCUGGCUGGCUGCUGGUUCGCUCGACCGUCAUGGAGACCCUGGGGGUCCUUCUGGUGCUGGAGUUUCUGCUCCUCUCCCCGGCGGAGGCCCAGCAGGCCACGGAGCGUCGCCUGAAGCCGUGGCUCGUGGGCCUGGCUGCAGUAGUCGGCUUCCUGUUCAUCGUCUAUGUGGUCUUGCUGGCCAACCGCCUCUGGUGCUCCAAGGCCAGGGCUGAGGACGAGGAGACCACGUUAAGAAUGGAGUCCAACCCAUACCAGGACUGGAGUGAAGACAAGAGAGAGAAGAAAGCGGCCAAGGAGAAAGAAGAGAAGAAGAAGGAGAAAAAGGCAGGGAAGGAAGGAGAGAGCAACUUGGGACUGGAGCUGGAGGAAGAAGAGCCCAGAUACCAUGAGAGACCAAAGAACACAGCCAUGUGAAGAUUCCCGGCUACCUCUUCCAGGCAGCCCCCCAGAGAUGCCUCUUCUGCCUCCUACAAGCAAUGCCCUGGAUUUGAAUCCAGUGAAAUGACUCCAUCUGGGAUUCAGAAUACAGUGUUCUCAAGUGAAGAAGGCUUGGAACCCACCCCACCUCCCUCAAUGGGGGCUCUCUGGGCAAACAUAGUUUUCAUGCACCCCUCUUCCUGAGCUUGGUCCCUGCCUGGCGAUUCUUCUCAUACUUGAAGAGCAUCCCUGGUUGAGGAGACACCCACAAUCCUCCACCAUCUCAUGGCUCCACCUGCUUCUACCCACUGCCUGAUUUCUUUUCUUUCUGCCUGAUGUCUACUGGCCAGAACUUCCCCUCUCCCAUGCACCCACUCCCAGCUGAGGAUUACUUCCCGAUGGCCUGCAUUAAAGCAUUCAUAAGAGCCCUUUGGAAGGGCUCCUGUCA